GUUCUCCUCCAUAUAAAUUCCCCCUCAUUUCUUUCUUUACCUCUAGGGUUUUCGCUCCGUCUGUCUGCUGCUCAUUCCAAACCCUAGUAGCCGAUCGACCCACCUCAAGCGAAAAUGCCGUCACACAAGACAUUCAUGAUUAAGAAGAAGCUGGCCAAGAAGAUGAGGCAGAAUAGGCCCAUCCCUCACUGGAUCCGCAUGCGUACUGACAACACCAUCAGGUACAACGCGAAGCGCACGCACUGGCGUCGCACCAAGCUCGGGUUUUGAGAGGUGUUUACUUCUCAUUAUGCCCUCCGUGUGCUUUUAAGCUUUUAUUAUUUUUCAAGUGGUUUUUUGAGGUUUAGUUGUUAUGGAAAUUCUACAUUAUGAUGAUUUAUGCUUUUGUAUUUAACUAGAGGACCAUUCUGUAAGGAACUCUACGGAAUCAUAACUUUCAUGUUUCGCAUUUUUGAGUAAUUUGAAAUUUGGUUCUACA